GACAGACAGUAGUUUAUUAUGCUCCAAUUAAAUCUGUAGAAAGAAGCCUGCAUGUUGUAUUUUGUUUUGCACACCUCCUCCCCAAUAAAUUGAGGUAGCAACUCAACACGUGUGGCUAUAUUCUUCUCUGGUCUUAGUGCAGUUGAGUAGGCUAUUUAGAGCUUGAAGUAUUGACUGCUCGAGUGUGCUCUCUACCGCUCAGUGCGCGCUGUCCAUACAUCAAAAUACACUUCUAUACAAAUCUCUCUCUCUCUCCUAUGCUGACUUUUUGAUUUUUACAGUGCAGGAUACGGAGUCAUUCAUUUGGAAACACGUUCAUGUGAGAGAGGAGAUAGGCGCAUUUACCGGGAGAUGGGAAAAAGUAUCAGGCAGCGCAUAGACAACACAGCAUUUGACUAAUGUGCGUGGAGAGCAACUUUUUAACGACACUAUAGCUGUAAAGGUUAAUUGAACAAUAACUGAAUAUGCAUCUAAAGCGCAUCUUCAGUCUCCUCCAUCAGUUAUGUUUUCUUGGAGCAUUUGCCAUUGCAGAUCCACACCCCUUCCAGGAAUCCGAGUCCGAAAUUAUUUUCCCGGAGGUUUUUCCAGACACAGGUCCACCGCCUUCUGAUAAACCAAAUAGCCGAGAGACUGACGCCAGCGCCGGGGCUCCCGAUAAACCAACUAGCCGAGAGACUGACGCCAGCGCCGGGAGCAGCUCUCGGGAGGUUCGUUCCAUUUCAAACUGGGAAGAGUACGAAUCUCCAGAGCUAUACCAUUGGGAACCUCAAGGACCGCAAACGGCUGCUUCCACAGGGCUGAGACUCCGAAUUCCUGCUUUUGGCAGGGACCUGCACCUCAUCCUGAAGAGAGACACUCGGUUUCUGUCCCAGAAAUUCAUGGUAGAGAGGAGACAGAAAGCACAAAAGGCAUCUCGGAGCGGUAUGCCAGUUUCGUCCGCUGCCAACACAGAAGAGAGAGGAUGCUAUUACAGCGGAACUGUUCUCAAUUACGCAGGAUCCAUUGCCUCAUUCAGCACCUGCGCAGGACUGAUGGGCUUCAUUCAACUCAAUGGAGACUUCCUCUACAUCGAGCCUGUCAAUAGAACGCUGGCCGUCGCGGGACAGGCCCACCGCGUGACCAGGAGGAAGCGCUCCACCACCGAGGAGAGACAGACAGACAAGCAGACGACAGACAAACAGACAAGCGGCAACUACUGUGGAGUCAUUCCAGAAAGACAGAAGAGUAAAACCAGGAAACCGUCUGAGGGAGGCAGAGGGAAACGGUACUCGUAUAAACUACUCCACGAGUACAACGUGGAGACUGUGGUGGUGGCCGACCCAGCCAUGGUCAGCUACCACGGCUCAGAGGCAGCCAAACGAUUCAUCCUCACCAUCAUGAAUAUGGUUUUCAACUUGUUUCAACACAAGAGCCUGGGAAUACAGAUUAAUAUCCGAUUGACUAAACUUGUACUGCUUCACGAAACACCAUCAGACAUGUACAUUGGUCACCAUGGUGAGAAGAUGCUGGAGAGUUUCUGUCGUUGGCAGCAGGAGGAGUAUGGGAAGAAGAGCGUGAUGUCAGACUUUAGCACUCGGUGGAGGGAGGACUUACCCUCCGUGGACACGGCCAUUCUAAUCACACGGAAGGAUUUCUGCGUGCAUAAAGAUGAACCCUGUGACACUGUAGGCAUUGCCUACCUGAGCGGCAUGUGCAGCGAGAGAAGGAAAUGCAUCCUUGCUGAGGACAACGGCCUCAACCUGGCCUUUACCAUCGCUCACGAAAUGGGCCACAACAUGGGUGUGAGUCACGACAACGACCACCAGUCAUGUGCGGAUGGCCUCCACAUCAUGUCGGGAGAAUGGGUCAAAGGUCAGAACCUGGGCGAUGUUUCCUGGUCCGGCUGUAGCCGUGACGACGUGGAGAAGUUCCUCCGGUCCAAGGCCAGUAGUUGUCUCCUCCAGACCGACCCGCUGAGCUUGAACUCAGUGAUCCUGCCAUUCAAACACCCAGGGAUGACCUACACGGCAGAUGAACAGUGUCAGAUCCUCUUCGGAGCCACCGCCUCCCACUGUCAGAACAUGCAGUAUGUGAUGUGUUCAGGGCUGUGGUGCCGGGUGGAUGGAGAGAAGGACUGUAAAACCAAACUGGACCCACCCAUGGAUGGCACAGAGUGUGACCCUGGAAAGUGGUGUCGUGCGGGGGAGUGUGUGAGCAGAGCGGUGCCAGUGGAGCAAGCCAUGGGGGAGUGGAGCACCUGGGGGUCCUGGGGAACCUGCAGUCCAACCUGCAGCACUGGCAUCAGUGGACGCCAGCGCAAGUGUGAGAGUCCCAGUGGGAAAAGCCGGGACUGUGUCGGCUCCAGGAUGCAGUACAGGCUGUGUGAGAACCUACCCUGCCCUGCCGGGAGCCCAAGCUUCAGAGACCAACAGUGCCAGACCUUCAAUCGCCCCUCCCUACACUGGCACUCCGUCAUGGAUGAUGAGAGGCCAUGUACACUGUUCUGUUCCUCCACAGGGAAAGAGCAACCCCGCCUCCUGGCUGAGAAGGUGCUGGAUGGAACCUCCUGCGGCUCUCAGGAGUCUGGCCUAUGUGCCAAUGGGACAUGUCAGAAAGUGGGCUGUGACCGGAUCCUGAGUUCGAUGGCAAGAGAGGACCACUGUGGGAUGUGUAACGGCAAUGGCAAGUCUUGUAAGGUCAUCAAGGGGGACUUCAACCACACCAAAGGAGCAGGCUAUGUGGAAGCUGUGAUCAUCCCCAAAGGGGCCAGGAGAAUCAGAGUGGUGGAGGAAAAGCCUGCACAGAGUUAUUUGGCACUCAAAGACACAAACAAGCAUUCCAUCAACAGCGACUGGAAGAUAGACCGCCCAGGAGCCUUCAACAUGGCGGGCACCACCGUUCACUACGUCCGGAGAGGACUGUGGGAGAAAAUGUCAGCCAGAGGUCCCACUACCUCCCCGCUGCAUCUCAUGGUGCUGCUGUUCAAUGAGCAGAACCAUGGCAUCCAUUACGAGUACACCAUCCCCACAGAGGCUAACAUGGAACCCCAGGGGGGGUUAGGACCGGGGGCCAUGCCCAGUGAAUCCCUCUUCAUGUGGACCCACUCUGGCUGGGAGGACUGCCAUGCCGUGUGUGGAGGAGGAGAAAGAAAGACAAUCGUCACCUGCACUAACAUUGUCAACAAAACUACAAGUGUGGUGGACCACCGAAGAUGUCGUCACCUAACCAAACCUGAGCCUCAAAUCCGCAAGUGCAAUGAUCAGCCCUGCCAGACAAGGUGGAUGAUGACUGAGUGGACGUCUUGCUCUCGUACCUGUGGUAGAGGCUCUCAGAGCAGACAGGUUGCCUGCACCUUGCAGCUAGCCAACGGCACCCUGGUCAAAGCCAAGGACCGCGACUGUGCCGGCCCCAAGCCGGCCCCCACACAACGCUGCGAGGGCCAGGACUGUCUUACCGUGUGGGAGGCUGGCGUGUGGUCUGAGUGCUCGGUGAAGUGUGGGCGGGGGGCGCGCCAUCGGCUGGUGAAGUGCACCAACCCACGGAAGAAGUGUGACCUGUCGACCCUGCCCCGUGAGACGGAGGACUGUGAGGACUACUCCAAGUGUUACAUCUGGAGGACAGGAGACUGGGCCAAGUGCUCGGUCACCUGUGGUAAAAGCAUGCAGUCCCGGGUUAUCCAGUGCAUGCACAAGAUCACCGGGCGCCACGGCAACGAGUGCUUCUCGUCGGAGAAGCCGGCGGCGUACCGGCCAUGUCAGCAGCAGGCGUGCAACGAGAGGAUCAACGUCAACACCAUCACCUCGCCACGCCUGGCUGCCCUGACGUUCAAGUGUUUACGGGACCAGUGGCCGGUUUACUGCAAAGUCAUCCGCGAGAAGAACCUCUGCCAAGACAUGCGCUGGUAUCAACGCUGCUGUGAAACUUGCCGGGACUUUUACGCACAGAAGAUGCAGCAGAGGAGUUGACCCUCCCCUCGCCCCCUCGCCCCCUCCUUCCAGGGGCGAACUUAGGUGUCAAAUCCUAUUUAUGUAUAUCAAGUGCACUUAUUCCAACACGUGGGAUGGACAGAACACACCUGUUUCAAUCAAACCAGCGGUAGAUUAUAAGCACUGUAAAUGUGUCAUUAGUACGUUGUGUUAUUGGUAUUGAGUCCAUACUAUGUCAUGUUAUUGGUAUUGAGUCCAUACUAUGUCAUGUUAAUGGUAUUGAGUCCAUACUAUGUCAUGUUAUUGGUAUUGAGUCCAUACUAUGUCAUGUUAUUGGUAUUAAGUCCAUACUAUGCUCAUGUUAUUGAGGUUGAAUCGAUACUAUGUCAUGUUAUUGAGUCGAUAUUAUGCUCAUGUUAUUGGUAUUGAGUCCAUACUAUGCUCAUGUCAUUGAGGUUGAAUCGAUACUAUGUCAUGUUAUUGAGUCGAUAUUAUGCUCAUGUUACUGGUAUUGAGUCCAUACAAUGUCAUGUUAUUGAGUCCAUAUUAUGCUCAUGUUACUGGUAUUGAGUCCAUAUUAUGCUCAUGUUGUUGGUAUUGAGUCAAUAUUAUGCUCAUGUUACUGGUAUUGAGUCCAUGCUAUUACCAUAUUUUUGGUAUUGAGUCGAUACUAUGGUAAUGGUAUCGGUAUUGAGUCGAUACUAUAUGAUGUUAUUGGUAUUGAGUCGAUACUAUGUCAUGUUAUUGGUAUUGAGUCGAUACGAUGUCAUGUUAUUGGUAUUGAGUCGAUACUAUGUCAUGCUCAUGUUAUUGAGUCGAUAUUAUGCUCAUGUUAUUGGUAUUGAGUCGAUACUAUGGACAUCUUAUUGGUAUUGAGUCGAUACUAUGGUCAUGUUAUUGAGGUUGAAUCAAUACUAUGUCAUGUUAUUGAGUCGAUAUUAUGCUCAUGUUAUUGAGUCGAUACUAUGUCAUGUUAUUGGUAUUGAGUCGAUACUAUAUCAUGUUAUUGGUAUUGAGUCGAUACUAUAUCAUGUUAUUGGUAUUGAGUCGGUCUAAGCACAUCUCUUUUGAGGGUGUAAUUGUUGACCAGCCUUCACCUGAGAUCCGUUGAGCUGAUAUACUGUAGAUCUACAUAAGGAUCCAACUCUUUGGUGUUUUUGGAGAAGUUUUUGUUUUAAUAAUGUUAAUUCAUGCUAAUAUUUUGUAAAUGUCUUACUAUUUUCCAUACUGUAUUUUUCUGAUUUAUCUUCAUUAAUAUCACAUUGAAAAUCAGACAAAAUCCAUCAAGGUAUAUCACUUGUAGUUUCCAUAAAUUUAGUUAACCCCGUAUAAUGUAACCAAUGCAAUAGUGCCAAAAGUGCAAACUACAAACUUCAUCAAGCGUACCAUUGGUACCACCUAGGUCUACUGGUACCACCUAGGUCUACUGGUACCACCUAGGUCUACUGGUUUCCUAUCAGUUUCUUCCAACAAAAAAAAAAUCCCGCACACUGUUUAUCCUCCCAAGUACCACUGUUUAUCUUCCCAAGUACCACUGUUUAUGCUCCCAAGUACCACUGUUUAUCGGACAACCUUUCUAUCUGUAAGGAUCUUCAUCAGGUCAAAACAACCUGACGAAACGACCUGACGAAACGACCUGACGAAACGACCUGACGAAACGACCUGUCGAAACGACCUGUCAAAACGACCUGACAAAACGACCUGUCAAAACGACCUGACGAAACGACCUGACGAAACGACCUGACGAAACGACCUGACGAAACGACCUGACGAAACGACCUGACGAAACGACCUGACGAAACGACCUGACGAAACGACCUGACGAAACGACCUGACGAAACGACCUGACGAAACGACCUGACGAAACGACCUGACGAAACGACCUGACGAAACGACCUGACAAAACGACCUGUCAAAACGACCUGUCAAAACGACCUGACAAAACGACCUGUCAAAACGACCUGUCAAAACGACCUGACAAAACGACCUGUCAAAACGACCUGACAAACAAACCUGACGAAGAUCCUUGUGGAUGGAAACGUUGUCUGAUAAAAGAUGCUAUUUGGGAGCAUAAUUAGUGUGUUGGACUUUCUGUUUUUUUUCUCAAGUUUACUUCUUUAGCCCAACACAAACAUUUCUAUCUAUUUCAGCAUUGGUGAACUUCAUGCUAUCUGCUUGGUAUUAGCCACUGCUGAGACUUUGGCUUCCAGCCGUGAGUAAUUACAAUGACGUUCUUGUCCUUCGUCUAGUUUAGCAAAAAUGUGUUUAGAGACACAAAUGGUACUGUAUGUUUAAUCUAUUUCAAACAGAAUUCACAAUACUGUCCAUUUAGAAGCAAUACUGAAAGCAUUACAGCUGCAAAGACACUUAUGUUUGAUUGCUAUGAUGUUUUAGGGUUGAGGACUUUCAGCGCUUCAUUUGCUUUGUACAUGUUUGGCUUAAUGUCGAACACUGUAAGCAACAAUGUGGCUUUGGAGGGAUUUGGAUAAUUGAUGACACUUCUAGUAACGACAGCAAAUAUAUUCUUAUUAUUUAGCUUAAAUGUCUCUGUAGUAACGUGGUGCUAAUUAGUGUACUUGAGUGAACUUUUGGGGAUCUAGGCUUAAACAUAAAGUGUUGCCAAAUAGCCGAGGCUUGCUUAAAGUUGGAGAAAAUACCUUAUUGUAACAUUUACCUGAAUUAAUCUAUGUCUAUGCAUAUGUUAACAAUGGUGCUGCCUUAGGAUCUGUUGGGACUGAAACAAUUGUGUGGAAAGCUUGAAGACCCACAUCUUUUCCCUCAAAAUCUAACAUUGACAUCAGGGGUGUGUUCAGUACGUCACAUAGCGGUCUUCACCGUUUAAUUCAACGGAAAUGGUACUGUACUGAACGACCAUUUGAAGAACGGUGUAUGGUGUGUGUGCUGCCUAAACCAGACCUUUACCAUGAUAAGGCCAGACCUUGCUCGACAUUGCGGGGGCCAGGUUUGUCCUGCGUCCCACAGUCAUGUGAGAUUGUAUGGUGUGUGUGGUACCGCACAAGUUUUGCGAUUUAAAAAAAUGGUCGCACACAUAUUGAUCAGGUCACACCCAUAUUGAUCGGCCCACACAUAUAUUGCUCAGGACACACCCAUAUUGAUCAGGCCACACCCACCAAACGGGAGCAAACAUACCUCAAAGGCUGUUACAGGAACGCUGCGCAUCGUUUGGGGGAAAUGUAGUUCAGUAGCAAACGUUGAAUCGAACUGAAUGUAUCCCAGUUACGUGAAUGUAUCCCAGUUACGCGCACGGAUCUCUCCAAGUUAGGAUUUGGAUCUCAGUGUCUUCAGGAGGGUUUCUAAAGGGAAAUUAUCCUCCAUUUUAAAAUCACAUGAUCUGUAUCAAUAUUUCAAAAUGUGUUUCAAAAUCACUAAAAGGGACACUAUUUAGUCAUAUAGUAAACUAUCAUUCAUAUUUUUCGCCAAAUAGUUAGUACAGUAUGGCCUACCUUGGUUGUGUACACCAGGAUGAGCCCACGGCUGUCUUGUAUGUUAAAGUCAAUGUUAGAGCGACAACAUCUGAACAGCAAGCUGCUUCACUAGAACAAUCUGCUGUACAUUAUACUGUACACUAUUCACACAACGAUGACUGUUUCUAGUGUAUCACUCCACGGCCCUCUACUUGAAUAGAGAUAAUGUAGAACUAAGAAACACUGUACAUGUUUACACUGAAGUACUGCUGCACUGGUAUGGGUUGGCUCUGGGGUGAAGUAUCCCCUAGGUACAGCUCUAGGAUCAACUUCCCCCCCCUCAACCCUGACCUUAAGAAUUAGUGGAGAAAAAAAAAUGCUAAAGUGACCCUAGAUCAGCGUCUAGGGGCAACUUCACCCUACUCUGGUUCCCAUGAGCCCUCAGUCUAGGCGUCACGUGGUGCAAAAAAAUACUGCUUGGUUUAUACCUUCUGUCAUUGGCUGAAAACAAGUUGAAGUUGAGUGUCGUUGAAAUGAAUUAAAAUUGACAUUUUAUAGCACUGUAAGACCGUGUCAUUUUUUAAUGGCUCCUACAUACCUGUAUGUAGCGUUGUCUCGUAAUGUCUUGCGGUUGUGUAGGAGAAAAAACUGCCUGCAUAUCAUGUUCCUGAGAAAAUAAUAAAAUAGAUUCUCCAUUA